AUUUUAAAUCGGUAACAUUUGAGCUUACAUUUGUUCGUUUAACUGAAAGGGUCGCCUGUUUUGUAGCUGCUUACGAAACAGCAAUAAACAAAGAUAACCGCCAGGGGCAGUAUAAAUGCGUUAUGAAAUUUACUUCCGGUGGUUAUACACGUGAUUCCCCGCCCAUCACACUACAGGGCUCCGCUUACUGCAUAACAAGCUACAGGCACCCUUAUGAAACUGUGUCCACUGUCACUGUGUAGAGAAACUGAUCAGCUGUGCGUGAUAAAAUGUCUUUUUACAGGAAUGCCGUGUGGUUUGUCAAAGGACUCCAGGAGUAUACAAAGAGUGGCUAUGAAGCCGCAGCGAAGCAUUUUGUUCCAGCUGAUCUGGAUGUAAACCUGAAUGGAAGGUCCUUCAUGGUGACAGGUGCCAACAGCGGAAUAGGGAAAGCCACAGCGCAGGAAAUCGCCAGCAGAGGGGGGACGGUUCACAUGGUGUGCCGAAACAAGGGGCGAGCAGAAGCAGCCAAAGAUGAAAUCGUGGAAAGCAGUAAGAAUCAGAACGUUCACAUCCACAUUGUCGACAUGUCGAGCGCGAGGCAAGUGUGGCAAUUCGCGCAGAGCUUCUCACAAAACAACACGCUGCAUGUGCUGAUCAACAAUGCGGGCUGCAUGGUCAACCAGAGAGAAUUAACUGAGGAGGGUUUGGAGAAGAACUUUGCCACAAAUACAGUGGGUACAUACAUCCUCACCACUGCGCUCAUACCUGCGCUGAAGAAGGUUGAAGAUCCGAGAGUGAUCACUGUGUCUUCAGGUGGCAUGCUCACGCAGAAGCUGAAUGUGGAUGACCUCCAGUUUGAGAAGGGAACAUUUGAUGGCACCAUGGCAUACGCUCAGAAUAAGAGGCAGCAGGUGAUCCUAACAGAGAGGUGGGCCGCUCAGCACAAAGAGAUCCACUUUUCCUGCAUGCAUCCUGGCUGGGCAGACACACCAGCGGUCCAGUCCUCCAUGCCUUCAUUCCACGCUAAGAUGAAGUCCAAGCUGAGGACGGAGGCCAUGGGAGCGGACACUGUGGUGUGGCUUGCUGUGUCCGCAGCAGCCACCGAGCAACCGAGCGGACUCUUCUUCCAAGAUCGUAAAGCAGUGGCGACACACCUCCCCCUCGCCUCCUCGCGGUCCACACCGCAAGAGGAGGAGAAGCUUCUGGCUGCGCUGGAGGAGUUCGCCCAAAAGUUAAAACCUUAAUACAUCAAAAAAAAAAAAAAAAAAAAAAAAAAAACAC